AUGGCCGGGAAUGUCAACUUACGCCAGCCAAAGCUCAAACGUGAGGAUAUACCAUACCAAAUUCGUGAGCGACAGGCUCGUCGGGCUGCAUCUGCAGUCAGCAGCCCAGUUAAUACACACUCCGCAGGGGUGAGCGCUCAGCCCUUAAAUCCAGUUGAUGGGUUUUUGGAAGCUCCUCCAGCCCAGCAAAAUGGUUGGGGUGAUUCAAAUGGCCCAAGAAGUGCAUCUCAUCCCCCGGAGUACCCUCAAGCUCGUGCUGAAGAGCGGACCGGCGUGGAGAUUGCCACCAAAGCCCUCGGGAGAAACAACAAAAUUGGCCAAGCGCCAUUCUACACUGGUGAUUCGCCAGGGUUUGGUAGUGUCUUUGAUAUAUGCUCAUCUCCGCGUCAGCCCAUCCAGCGGCACAUUUUACUCACAUCCAAGACCUCAACAUAUUUAUCGAAUGAGGAUAAGGAGUAUCUGCAGUACAAAGGUGUUUUCAAUUUGCCGCAAAAAAGUACUUGCAAUGAGCUUCUACGGGCAUACUUUCACCAUGUCCACCCCCUUACGCCAGUGGUGGACGCUACCACGCUACCGCAUCUAUAUCCAACUGGUGAAAAUCAAAAGCAUAAUCUGCUGCUGAUAUGGAGUAUCUUCUUCGUCGCUGCAAAUUAUGUCUCAGCCGAUACUUGGAAACUGGAGGGUUUCUCCUCCAGAAAAGAUAUGAAAGAUUCAAUGUACUCUCGUGCUAAGUGCUUGCAUUACAUCGGAGGAGAAACAGACCACACCGUACUUUUACAAUCAGCGCUACUCUUGGGCUUCUACCACUCCGAGGCUGAUACCCACACACAACCAUGGUACUGGCUUGGGGUGGCAAUCAGUCUAUGUCAGUCAAUCGGAUUGCAUCGAUGCUCGAGCGCAGUAUGCGCUACCUCGCCCAUUCCAGAGCAGCAGCAACGUCUGUGGCGUCGUCUUUGGUGGACCUGUGUCUUCAGAGACCGAUGGCUCAGUCUUACUAUGGGGCGCCCACUGAGAAUUAAUAUGAAUGACUGCAAUACUAUGAUGCCAUCUGCGGACGACAUGUUGAUUGACUUCAUCGAGCUACCCGAAUCCAUGUCAACAGCAUAUAUCCCAAAGGACCUACCACAAUUGGCGAAGUAUUGGGUCACAAUGGUACAGCUAACUCAGCUUUUGGGAGAGACAUUGACCUUGAGCUAUCAACCAUUUGGACCCAGUCCAUCCCUACAGCAGGUUGAGAGUCUCGAGAGAGAAAUCUUGCUUUUUCAACUCCCACAAAAUCAAGAUCAUGCAUCGAGCCCUUUUGCGACAUUCUAUCUGUAUCACCUUCAGUUGCAUUAUCAAGCAUUUCUGGUCACUUUCUACCGACCAUUCAUCACCAAGACACCUGAAGGACUCCCGGCGUCUGACCAAGGCUCGUGGCAGAGUCGAAUUCGAAAUUCAAUUGACACUGCUGCUCUCCAAACCAACGCGGUUUUAGACAGCCUGGUCCGUGAAAAGCUGCUUGAUUUCUCCGGUCCUAUGACACCACCACUAUUAGUACCAGCAAUGCAUGUUCACCUUCUGAACUGCAAAUCCACAGACCCUCUUUCUCGGCGUCUGGGACUUAACAAACUUGAGUUGUGCAUGAUGGUUCUGGAGCAGAUGCAACAUACGCACCCAUCAUCUUCACUGUUUCGAGGCAUCUUUCUGGAAGCUAUUCAUUACAUAUUCCCUAGUUAUGUGGCUCAAUCAACAAUACCGGAAUUGGCCACAUCUGAGAACCCACUCCGUCAAGAUGCUGUGGUCGAAGAUCCAAUGGCUGGGAUCACCAUUGGCGAGGAUGCUAUCGAUGCUCUGAUGGAUGAGGUGUCGAUUUUCAAUUUUUGGGAAUCACUCAACAACAUGCAAUCAUGA